CCCGCAAUGCACCGCGCUCCUUUUCAGAGUGACAAACAUGGCGGCGAGGGCACCAGUGGCAACCGGCAAGCUUGUGAGCGGCUUCCGCAAAUGGUAUUACAAUUUGUGCGGUUUCAACAAGCUUGGUCUGAUGCGUGAUGACACCAUCAAUGAGGAUACAGAUGUGAAAGAAGCACUGCGGAGGCUUCCAGAGAACCUCUACAAUGACAGGAUGUUCAGGAUUAAGAGAGCCCUGGACCUCUCCAUGAAGCAGCAGAUCCUUCCUAAAGAACAGUGGACAAAAUAUGAGGAGGAUGUCAAUUACCUGAUGCCAUACCUGGUGGAGGUAAUCCGAGAGAGGAAAGAGAGAGAGGAGUGGAUGAAGAAAUGAAACGGUUGCUGGAGGAAUCGCUUUUACUUGGUGUGGUCUGGUGUUUGGUCGUCCCAUGUUGUAAUAUUUUAAAUAAAAUGUAAUCUAAGAGAUAGUGUGCGCAUUAAAAUAAUGUAUACAUUUUGGAAAA